AUGGCACCAAACGAAGUUUCUCUCACGAUGCCAAUUCCCGAUAAUUUCUCAACCACUCCAAAUCUUCAAGCACAGAAAAAGAGGCCAAUCAAGAUGAUUGUCGUAAAAUAUUUCGAAGAUACAGAUAAAUAUGCCAAAAUUAUUCCACGACCAGCAUUUCAUGUACUCAGAAGAAGGUUGGAAGAGGAAUCACAAAAAGGAUCAUCAGUGCCAUCUAAACCUCCAACAAAAGAAGAGGCUGAAAAUUUGGCUAUUGUUUUCGGAAAGGACUUGAUGGGAAUGAUCAUGAGAGAUCAAGCCGAUUGGCUGGCAAACUAUAAUCCAAUUACUUCUAUCAUGCUUUAUAACGAAAAACAAAACAAAUUCGAAACUGUAACAGAUAAUAUGGAGUUUGGAUGUACGGAACAAGAAAAUGUGUACACAUUCCACGUGAAGAGGAAAGUGGCAGUUGAGCAUUGUUUGGCACAAAGUACAAUGACAUUCUCAUCGAUUGGUGGAGCAGAGAGUUGGUUAGAAACAGCAUUUACCAGAGUAAAUAGGAAUGUAAUUAUUAGAUAUCAUGAUGUUCUUCAUCACGGAUACACCAGACUCUACAAGGGAGAAAAGAUACCUCCUGGAAGAACUGGAAAGUCCAUGGUAAAAUUACUUAUUGAAAACAUUCUUCCUGCCGCUAUUGAAAAUCAGGACACAAUCUUGACCAAAAAACUGCCAAAAGAAAACGAGGAUGGUUUUAUUGACGAAGAACAUGAGGACGCUUUUAACUUUUUCGAAGGAGGAGCAGGAGAAGAAAAAGGUCCAUAUAUUGACUUGAAAAAUGAAAAUGCUCUAGUUGUUGGAAAAGAAGAUAAAGACGAACAUACAUUUGCGAACAAGGAGGAAUUGCAAUGUUUACACAUUUCUAGAUUCGCAGAUGUUAGCAAAAUUCCAGUACAUUUACUUUAUAACGAAAACAAGAGACAAAACGAAGGCCCUUGGAAAGAUGUCACUAAAUUCCCUCUUUCAAUGUCUGAGGUUUCAAAAACAACAAAAUCUUGGAUUAGAUCAGGAAUUCCUCAAUCAAAGAGAUGCUUAUUGUGGAUGGGUAUCACAGGAUCUGCUUCAUUAUUGAAACAAAGCCCAUAUUUUUAUGAAAAUCACUUCGAGAAAACAUAUGGUCACUACAACUCGGAUAGUAAGACAUUCAAAAACAAAAAGGAGUUUAUUGAAUCAAUUGACCCAAGAAUUAUUGCAGAGUUUGGAGGAAAACUUCCAGGAUAUAAUGCCGACAACCCAACAGGUAUUGUACAAAAGGAACAACCAGUAGAGAUACAAGAUGAUGAAAUUUCAGUGAAGCAGAUAGAGAUUGAUAAGGACUAUGGUCUACUCACUCAUGAAGGCGUGAAGGCUGCUAAGAGAAUACUAUGCGUUCUUGCAGAUCAUCACAUUGACAUUGACUAUUGUCCUCCUAUUCCUGACUUGAUUCAGAUUCUUUUGAUUAUCAUGAAUGAGAAGCAAACCUAUGCAACUGUACAUUGUAUGUUAGAGAAAUCUAGAGAAUCUAAAUGGUAUUUCAGAACUAACAAAAUGCAACAUGCCCUUUUCAUUGAAUCAUUUAGCGAUAUCAUUAAGAAGAACAUUCCAAAUCUUGCUAGCCAUUUUGAAAAGAUUGGUUUCGACAUUAGUUCAGUAACUUACAAAUGGUUCUCUAGACUCUUUGUACCAUACUUACCAUUUGAUUUUGUAUUGAGAGCUCUUGACUCUUUCUUUAAUGAAGGUGCGAAAAUAUUAUAUCGAGUGGCUUAUGCCAUUUUAAAGACAUUAGAACCCAAGUUGUUGAAAGUCCUAUCUCCAAACUAUAUGGAGGACAUUCUAACAAGUAAUAACUCUAUUACUGUCGAGGAGGAGGAAUUCUUUAAAACUGCGUUUAAAUUUGGAAUUUCAAGAAAAUAUCUCACUCAAUUAGAUGAAAAAAACCGAACUGAAAUCAAUCCUAACAAACUUUCAAGCAAGAUUACAACGUUCACUAAACCAAAAAUUGGAUCUACAUCUGAAAUUAUUAAGGAUGAAUCUCAAUGGGAAUUGCUCGUCUCGUGGUUGUCAUACAAACAAAGGCUAAGAACCCUCUCACUAAGGUUUUCAACUUCUAGAGAUGGUUACAGCUUAUCUCAAUUAUACAAUAUUUGUAGUGAUAUUGGUCCCAAUAUUAUACUAAUUUCCGCUGUUCCAAUUUCUCUGGACGGAGAUAUUAAUGAUAUCAAGAAGCAUCAAAAAGACAAAAUUGAAGACAUGAUUCCACAAGAAUUGGAAAUAUCUGAGAAUGAACAAGAUGCAAUGAAAGUUAUUGAAAUGAUCAGAAAACACAAGGAACAAGGAGCCUCUUUAAGAAAGUCUUUGAAAAGAGAAAGCAAAAAAACAGAGACAGCUCCUGUUGAAAAAAAGAAAACAGCUGACGUUUGUAUCUUUGGAGCAUUUUGCGGAGAUUCAUACGACAAGACCUAUCGCUUCGAAGGAACUACUGACACAUUUUUGUUUUCCAUGUAUCCAGUUGAGGCCAAAUACAAAUGGUCAAGAAAGAAUGACUUUUUCGUCAUGGGUAGAAAAGACAGACUUGUUUUUGGAGCAGGAGGAGACGGCCCAGCUCUACAAAUUGAUGACCAGCUCUGCAUUGGAACAAGUAACAGGUGUACAACAUUUGAUAACGAACCACUGGCAGGUUCAAAGACUACAUUUUCAAUUUUAAAGUUGGAAGUUUGGUACUUCAAAUAG